AGAAAGGCAUUUCGAAGGGAAGCGAAAGGGCUGACCGUGUGACGUUUCGCGUGACAGUUGCCACGCGCACGUGUCCGCGGGUGGUCACGUUUUUGUUCGCGUUUUGUUGUCGUCGUUGCUGUUAUCCGUGGCGGAGAGGAGGUUUUCAAUCGCCGCCGAGUCGCUGGCUGGUGUGCGACCGUUUUCCUAGGACUUGUUCGCGGUGAAUAUCGCACCCGAGGAAACGGUCACUGAUGAUCAAUAUAUCGCCGCGUAGCUCUUCGGCGCCGAUUGAAGUCCAGCCCGCUGGGAGGUGAUUUCGUCCGAUCGUCGCUUUAGAGAUUACGAGAUGACGAGCAAGAAAAGCCAGACCCUCCGCAUCGAGACCGAGAUUGAUCGGAAUCGCGAGGAGGGCAAUUGGAAGAAGGUUAUAGAAUUGGCGGAACACUUAAAAGUGCAGUACCCCAGCAAUGAAUGUUUAGCAAAUUUCUUGAAUGGAGAAGGAAGACUAGAAAGUUUUUUGGAGCAAACUCCGCCGAUAGAUUCUAAUAUCAGCAAAGCACGAAAUGGACUGGCAGAAACACGGAAGUACUUAAUACUAGCUGCCAAUGAAAAAGACAAGCAGGCUCUGGUUGUAUUGGACGCCCAUUUGCUACUUGGCAAACUUCAUUACGCAAUGGGGAUGUACGAGGACGCUCUUCGUCACUAUCAACAAGCUGAACUUGACACACUUACAGAAAAGCAAUUACCUUGUCGAAGUUUACGUAUUAUAGCAGAAUCGUAUGCGAUUAAAGACACAGACAAACAUUUGUCCUGCCGAAGACUGCGCAUUAUAGCAGAAUCAUAUGCAAUCAAAGGUCUCUGCCUGGAAAAGCAACCGCCGCAAUCUAAGUCGAAACAUAAGAUUGCAGAGUGGCACGAGCGGAUAAUCAAGUGCUACGAAGUCUCCGGUGACUUGACGCUGGUGUAUCUGCAGGAGCAGGACAAAAUCGCUAUGCAGCAACAGAACGGUAUCUCCAUCAUAAACACAAACAGCACAGGUACAAACCCGCAACCUCCGGUUUGCACCGCGAAACAUAUCGGACCCAUUUUGGAAACCGCUCUGCAAAGAGCGCCGAUACUGUACAUUCAAAUGGGCAACAUACAAGCCGCUGUUAAUCGUUACAGAGAAAUUUUAUCCGCCGUUGAAUCCACAACUACUCAGAGUUUGCGUGUGACCUUGACCAGACAGUUGGCGGAAGUUCUGUUGCGUGGUAUAAGCGGCGCGGACUAUAAGCCGCCGGAGGGUCCAGUCGAUACGACUACCGUCAGCAAUCGGCGAGCGAAUAAUUUGGAUUCGCCGUGGAAGCCGAAAAAGUACUCGGGACCCAACAUGUUCAUUCCGAAGAACGAGUACGAGGAGACGAUUCUCUUGUUGCUGAUCAGCGAAGCGAUGGCGGUGAGAGACGCCGUUCUGAGUCAAUCGCCCGAAUUCAAGGAAGCCCGAAUACGCGCGUUCGAAAAUGCCACCGCCGUUUACGAUCUGCUCACGGUCGUUGUCAUCAGAUGGAGUCAAGUGGAACUUCUGUACGAGUCUUUCGAAAGAGCGAUGAAGUUCUCUCACGAGGAGGCGCACAUAUGGACCCAGUACGCGCUGUGUCUGAUAAGCAUGGGGAGAUACAUGCACGCGUACAGAGUCCUAAAAGUGGUCGCCAGAUUGUCCCCUCAGAAAGUAAUGCCUUGUCUAUUAGCCGCGAGGCUGUGCUACGAACAGUUGAACAUGAUAAACGAAGGUAUCGAGUGGAGCCAAAAGGCUCUUCAACGAGAGAUGGUGAAUUCGCAGGGGAUGCAGUCCAGAUGCCACUUGUACAUCGGGAUCGGCCACAGUAUACUGUCCGCGAACACGAUCGUGAAACAGGAUAAAGUGCAUCACACGAACACCGCUCUGGACUGCUUUCAAAAGGCGCAACAAUGCGAUCCGAACGAUCAUCUGGCCGAGUAUUAUCUGGCUCACGAGUACGCAAUAAACAGACAGAUCACCGACGCCAUCGUGCACGUGAAGAUCGCGUUGAAUCUGCGAGCAGAACACAUUCCGUCGUUGCAUUUAUUUGCGUUACUCCUGUCGGCACACAAACAGUAUUCCGAGGCGUUGCACGUGAUAAAUAGCGUGUUGGAGGAGUAUCCGGACAAUUUGAAUUUCCUCUACGUGAAGGCGCAUCUCGAACUGCGUAGUAUCGGCGGCGUAGACGCGCUCUACACCAUCAGUCACAUGUUGCAUCUGUGGAAAAAUCUCUACGAGGAUCAGACAAACGUUAACUGCAACGAGCAACAGAGCGAGAAGCGAAGCGAGACCAGAAGCGUUUUUCAGCUCUACACAUCGGAGAUGUCCGAUAAGGACUCCAGUUCUCUGCACGCGCAAUCGUUGGCCGCUUCGAGAGUCGAGCAGGCUUUGUCCGAAGUCGCCUCAUCGAUCAGUUCGUUUACACCGAAGCCGGGGCCACAGCGGGCGUGGCUGUUGCAAUUGCAAAUCUGGCUCUUGCUCACCGAGGUUUUUCUAAUGCUGGAUCAACCGAACGGUGCCGUUCUGUCUCUCCAAGAGGCCACCAAUAUUUUUCCGUUGAGCCACCACAUUAUGUACACGCGUGGCCUUCUACACGAGUACAAGUUGGAGUACACGGAAGCGAAGCAGUGCUACCAGAACGCUGUUUCGAUUAAUCCUUCGCACAUUAAGAGUCUGCAACAUUUGGGUCUCAUUUAUCAUUAUUUGGGCAGUCAGAGAUUGGCGGAGAAAACGUUGAGAGACGCCGCGAAGAUCGAUCCAAAUUCCCAUCAGACUUGGUACAAUCUUGGAGUAGUGUUGGAAUCUCUGGGCGAGGUGGAAGCCGCCAGCGACUGCAUGGCAACGGCAUUAGAGGUCGAAACGACAAAUCCCAUCCUACCGAUUCUGUCGAUACCGGUAACUUUCGAGUAAUUCGUGUCGCUCCCUCCCCUUCCUCUCCUUCCCAAUUUUGGAAGAUGGGAUUUGACUAUUUUUGUCCCUUCCCUCUUUUCUUCUCUGCCGGGUGUCGCCUUCCCGUUCAAUAGUACCUGGACGCGUUGUACUAUUGUCCAAACACGUUGUUGAAAGAAGGAAAAAAACAAAACACAAAGAUUAAGAUAACUUGAACUGUACAGAUAGUUAAUUCGAUGUAAGAAA